UAUUUCCUUCUUGUCUCCAUAAGGUAUUCACAAGUCAGCAAGCACGGUGUCAGCAUAGGGAAUUGCUGCUGAGACAGUAAACAAAAUGAAAGUUUUGGGUUUAGUUGCAGUGGUAUUAGCAGUACACUGUGUACGUGCGAAUGUUUACUUUCGGGAAGAGUUUCUGGAUGGUGAUGAAUGGAGAAGUCGUUGGAUAAACUCCAAACAUAAGUCCGACUAUGGAGAGUGGAAACUAACUGCUGGCAACUUCUAUGGAGAUCCAGAGAAAGACCAAGGUCUGCAGACUAGUCAGGAUGCUCGUUUCUAUGCUGUCUCUGCCCGUUUUGAGCCUUUCAGCAAUGAGGGUAAACCUUUAGUCAUCCAGUUUACAGUCAAGCAUGAGCAAAAGAUUGACUGUGGUGGUGGCUAUGUAAAGGUGUUCCCUGCUGACUUGGAGCAGACUGAGAUGCAUGGGGACUCCUCAUACUACAUAAUGUUUGGCCCAGACAUCUGUGGCUACAGCACCAAAAAAGUUCAUGUCAUCUUCAACUACAAGGGCAAGAAUCACCUUAUCAAGAAAGAGAUUAAGUGCAAGGAUGAUGAGCUCACCCACCUGUACACACUGAUCCUGAAUCCAGAUCAGACCUAUGAGGUGAAGAUUGACAAUGAGAAGGUAGAAUCUGGUAGUCUAGAGGAUGACUGGGACUUCCUGCCUCCGAAGAAAAUUAAGGACCCUGAAGCCAAGAAGCCAGAGGACUGGGAUGACCGUGCCAAGAUUGAUGAUGCUGAUGACACCAAGCCUGGGGACUGGGACAAACCUGAAAACAUUCCAGACCCUGAUGCUAAAAAGCCUGAUGACUGGGAUGAGGAUAUGGAUGGAGAGUGGGAGCCACCCAUGAUCCCCAACCCAGAGUACAAGGGAGAAUGGAAACCCAAACAGAUUGACAACCCCAACUACAAAGGACCUUGGGUGCAUCCUGAGAUUGACAAUCCAGAAUACAGUGCUGAUUCAAGCAUCUACAAGUUUGACAACAUUGGUGUUUUAGGCCUUGAUCUUUGGCAGGUGAAAUCUGGUACCAUCUUUGACAACUUCCUCAUCUCAGAUGAUGUGAAGGAAGCAGAAGAUAUCGCAAAGAAUACAUGGGGUGUGACAAAGGAACCAGAGAGGAAAAUGAAACAGGAGCAAGAUGACUUGAAACGAAAAGAGGAGGAGGAGAAGAACAAAGAACAAGACACAGAAGCUGAUGAGGAUGAGGAUGCGAAGGAGGAGGAGGAAGAGGAAGAAGAAGAAGAAGAGGAAGAGCCAAAGGAAGACGUAGAGGAAGCACUUUCGGAAAUGGGUGAUGAGGAAGCAAAGCCUAAAGAUGAGCUUUGAGGAGAUGUGGCCAGAGAUUUCUUCUGUCCCUCACAUAGAAACUCUGUCCUUUAUUUCCCAGGGGGUAUUUUGGCUGCUGUGCAUCCUUUCCCUGAGAUCUGGACACAACCUGGGGUGGGGUGGGGGGCAUGUAGUGAGGUGGGGCUGGUGGGUGUUAAUGGUCUUAGUUACAUCUUUCUGUCAUUUUGAUAUUAUCCUUUUGCCCCCUGAUGCUAGGUUGAUUUUGAGAAGGUACAUUCAUCAUUUUGUAAUAACAGGAAAAAGGAAACAUUGAAAUCCACCAUUUUCUUAAUCAACACAUCUACAUUAUGCACAGAUUUCCAGUUGCUUCUACUUUGACAGUUAAAAAGAUGUUAAAAAUAUAAAUAUUACAAAUUGAAAUCUGCAGAGAAUAUGGAUAAUCCAUUAUUUUUACUUGAUCAUCUAUGAAGGAAAAAAAAAAUCAUUCAGCCAGGUUAAAAGUGAAAUGCAUAUAACAACAAAUAAUGCAUAAACAGCCAUAUUAUGCAAUUUAUUUUGGUUGUCUUUGGCACUGACUUUUUAUUUACGUUUUCACAUUCUUUAGGGGAUAAUUGAAUGAAAUGUUUAGACAAUUCAUUUUCAUCCAAAUGCACAAUGUUGUCAUUUUACUGCAUUGAAAUGGCAUGAAUUCGACAUGUCUUCAAGGAAAUGUGAUGGGACCUGCAUUAUAUCCUGAAAGUCUGGAGAAACAGCCCCUGGUGUGACCCCUGACAUCACUAAGGGUUACACGCUUAUUUCUAUUGGACAGAAUGUUAAUACCAAAAUUUUUAUUAAAAGGUUAUAACCUCA